AUGGCCGGCUCCCCCGAGCGGCGCACGCGUGCGACGGUCCGCUGGGAGACCGCUGUAAGGGAGGAAAAGGAGCUCGAUUCAAGCAUAGUGACGACGUUAGAUAGCGGAUGCACAGUGUUCAUUGUGGACACGAAAACGCUGGCGAGCGGCCGCGAGCGCUGUAAGAUAGACGAGCCGGUGCGGGGCUGGGUGUCGCGGCUACUCUUGGAGGAGGCCGUCGAAAGCGAUGAUGAUGAGGAGGAGAGCGUCUCGCCAGAACCUUCGAAGAAGCGAGCGACGGGACUCUCAUCAAAUGAGAGGGUGGCCGUCAUUUCACUGCGCGGCAACGACCGCUGCUUUCAUUGUUUUGCGCGGAUUGAGGGGUUGUGGUGUGUCGACGGCGAGCGCGCCUAUGGGUGUGCAUCAACAGGUAUCGUCGCGUGCAGCGCGUGCGGCAUCAGCAGAAACUAUUGGUCCCUCGAGGACGACGCGUGGGCGCCGCACCACGUCGCGGCCCUGUGUCUGGGCGGCAACGGCCGGUUACGGCACCACCUCGAGAGCGUGGGCGCGUCGGACCCGGCGGUGUCCGCGCCGUACGUUUCUGCUUAUGCGGAGCAUUUGGCGGUGGCCGCCUGCGACGCCGUCAAGGCUUCCUUGGAUUAUGAGGCCCACUGGCUCGACGACGAGGAGUCAUCUAUAAGGAACAGGAGGGACGCCUGCGUCAAACUCGUAGCUUCCAGUAUAGAAUCGCGCGACGUGACACCUGAUCAAGACGAGCGCGCCGUGGAGCUGCGUACGAAUGAAGGUAAAUUAGGAUUGGAGCUCGCCGAGGUCCAUGGUGGGAGGUGCGCCGUUAUCAAGUGCUCGGCGUGGACGGAGGCGGUCCAGCCCGGAGACUACGUUGUUGGUGUGGGCGAGAGGCGCUGCUGGCGCUACGCUCCGGUCGUGAAAGCUAUUGCAAAGGCGAAGAAGCGCGGCAUUGUAAAGCUGUUAUUAAGGCGCGUCGACGUCGCGCAGCCGGAGCUCGAUCAAAAAGAAGCGCCUCCGACGUCGGCGACGAACGAAGCGUGGACGGCGCAGAAGCAGGACGGCUCGCAGUCCAAGGUCCAGAGCUACUGGGACACGCGUGCCUCGAAGUCCUUCGACAGCGAGGACGGCGAAGUCGCUGCAAUAACCAACACGAUGCGACCCGUGCCCCCAAAACCGGAGCUCGUCGCCGCCGUCGUGCCCGCGGGCGCGCCCCUUGGCUCGAAGAUGACGCGCGACGCGGACUUCGCUCUGGUAGACGGCGCGCGCGUCGUCGGCGUCAAUGGUGACCGCGACCGCGUGUCCUACGACCGCGUCGUCGAGGCCCUGGCGACGGCCGCGCGGCCGUUGCUGGUGCUGCUCGCGUCCGUGCCGCAAGAGGCGACGCCGACGAAGGAGAAGAAGGUCGUGCGCCUGCCGGAGGGCCCGCUCGGGCUGCGCCUCGCCGACGCGAGAUUGAAGGACGGCGCGCCCGUGGCGCGCGUCGCGCGCGUCGCGCCGGGCGGACGCGCGUGGAAGGGCGGCGUCGUCGUGGGCGACGUGCUGACGGUUGUGGAUGGAGACAACGUCGCGGGCUACGCGCACGCCCUGGCGCUGCUCGCGGACCGGCGGCCGUGCGCGGCGACGUUCGAGUUCUGCGGGGACGCUCUUGAUGUUGUCGCGGAGGCGCCGGCGGCGCCGGCGUCGUUGUUUGAGAAAUUGAAAGCGCCGGCCGCGGAACUGGCGCGGAAUCUGGCCGCGGACCUGGAGACGCUGAAGGCGGACCUGACGCCGUCGAAGGAGGAGCCGCCGCCGCCUCCACCGGUGCUGCCGCAGGUGAGCUCUGGGUCGCUCUCGUCGCCCCCUUCUGCGGAUGGCAAGGAGGUUUAUUUGUUUUCGUGAUAAGUUUCUAUGUGUG